CCGUCUCGAACUUUGUCCGGAUUUACAAAUCUUCCCUCAACUCCGCCCAAAUCUACUCCUAAAAGUGAUGGGUAUAUACCUCAGUUCACCCAAAACAGAGAAAUUCUCAGAAGAUGGUGGGAAUGAUAGGGUAAAAUAUGGUUUAUCAUCAAUGCAAGGAUGGCGUGCAACAAUGGAAGAUGCUCAUGCAGCAAUACCUGAUUUGGAUACUUCAACAUCCUUUUUUGGUGUCUACGAUGGUCACGGAGGUAAAGUUGUUGCUAAAUUCUGUGCCAAGUAUCUACAUCAACAAGUGCUCAAGCAUGAAGCAUAUUUACAUGGUGAUAUAGGAACUUCGGUCCAGAAAGCCUUUUUCAGAAUGGACGAGAUGAUGCGUGGUCAGAGAGGAUGGAGAGAGCUGGCUGCACUGGGGGAUAAAUUAAACAAGUUCACGGGUAUGAUAGAGGGCCUUAUUUGGUCUCCAAAAAAUGGUGAUGGAAACAACCAUGUUGAUGAUUGGGCAUUUGAGGAGGGGCCUCACUCUGAUUUUUCUGGACCUACUUCUGGAUGCACAGCUUGUGUUGCAAUCCUUAGAGAGAACCAACUCAUUGUUUCAAAUGCUGGUGACUCUCGCUGUGUCAUUUCAAGGAAGGGCCAGGCAUACAAUUUAUCGAGGGAUCAUAAACCUGAUCUUGAGGUUGAGAGAGAGAGAAUCUUAAAAGCUGGUGGUUUUAUUCAUGCAGGACGUGUGAAUGGAAGUCUAAAUCUUGCAAGAGCUAUAGGUGACAUGGAAUUCAAGCAGAACAAGUUUUUGCCAGCUGAGAAGCAAGUUGUAACUGCUAAUCCAGAUAUAAACACUGUUGAGUUGUGCGAUGAUGAUGAUUUUAUUGUGCUAGCUUGUGAUGGUAUAUGGGACUGCAUGUCCAGCCAGCAAUUGGUGGAUUUUAUACACGAGCAGCUGAAGUCGGAAAGCAAGCUUUCUGCAGUAUGUGAAAGAGUUCUCGACAGGUGUUUGGCACCUUCUACUGCUGGAGGUGAAGGAUGUGACAACAUGACAAUGAUUUUGGUGCAAUUCAAGAAACCUUUUCAGUCUGGGGCUUCUUUAGUUGAAGAACUCCCAGCUUCUAACGAGAAACUCCCUGCUCCCAGUGAGGCUACUAACACUGAAACAAUACCAGCAGAGAGUGGAUCUAGUUCAUAGCCCUUGCUCGCCGUUUUGGAUCUGAUACUUCCAAGUCUGCAAUUGUACAUGAUUGUUUUAAUCUGUAUGGACAUAUAUUUGCUUUUUUUGCUGCUGGUUUUGUGUGUCAUUGCAUUUGUAUUAUAAUUACUGGGAUGGAUUGUAUAGAUUACUUGACCACAUGUUGAUCAUUUCAUGUACCCAAUUGUUUACUCAAGUGACUUCUAGGUUGUGUCUGGGGUGAUGUAAACACUUCUACAGAAGAAAUUGAUCUUACCAUGAAUUUCAAUUUUAUAUGUAACAAA